ACGAGAAGAGUUCAGAGUUCAGUUUCUAGCUUUAAGGCAAGAUGAAGAUAACACAUUUCCUUUUCUGCAUGUACGUACUUCAUCACACCACCUGCCAGCAAGGGAGACUACGUUUCUCCCAGUACCUAGACAGGAAUGGAGAUGUCCUUCUAAGCUGGGAUUUGAACAGUAGUACAGAUGAAAUCACCAUAGAACUGGUAGUCAACACCACUGGGUGGAUUGGAUUUGGCCUGAGCAAGAAUGGAGCGAUGAAUGGGGCUGAUAUUGUAAUUGGAGGAGUUAAGAACAAUUCUACAUAUUUCUCAGAUGCACAUGGUAUUGGACAAAUGCAGCCCGAAGUAGAUAAGAUCCAGAACUAUAAUUUAUUGUCCUUGACUGAAGACAACAAUUCUACCUGCAUGAGGGUUAGGCGCAAACUGCAGACAUGUGACAGUAAUGACGUGGAUAUUACAGCAGACACUAUUAAAGUUAUUUAUGCAUUUGGAAGCAACGAUGUGGUUUCAUACCAUGGAAAUCGGCGAGGUGCAAAGUCAGUGAUUUUUCUGCAGAAUCAGAUACAAUCCCUAUCAUCAGAUAACGAAACACUCUUCUUUGACUUGAAAAUUCAAAAUUUCAGUGUGUUUCCAAGAGAGACAGUCUAUGGAUGCCUGUUUGUUGACUUACUUAAUGUUACUCAGAAGCAUCACAUUUAUAAGAUUGAGCCCAUAAUCCAACCUGGAAAUGAAGACGUAGUCCACCAUCUUGUACUCUAUGGUUGCUCCAAUGCCUCAGUUACCCGGAAACCACAAGGAGACUGCACAUAUAGCGAAUAUACAUCAUUAAUAUGUGCUCACGUUAUAACUGCAUGGGCCUAUGGGGGUGAGGCAUUCAGAUUUCCCGAAAAUACUGGUAUUUCAAUAGGAACUAACAGAGAUUUCAAAGUUGCUGUGUUGGAAGUUCAUUAUAACAACCCACAUUUGAAAAGUGGAAUAAAAGACAGCUCUGGGAUACGCUUUUAUUAUACUCCAGAACUUCGGAAGUAUGAUGUGGGGGUGUUAGCAGUCGGACCUACUGUGUAUCCCACAUUUUUCAUACCGCCAAAGAUGAAAUCAUUUAAAAUGUACGGAAUUUGCAAAACCGAAAAGUUUGUGGAGCUGAAUCAGAACAAUGUUGGUGAUAUGAUCAUUUUUGCUUCUUUGCCACACACUCAUUUGACUGGAAGGGCUGUCAAAUGUGCACUUUACAGGAAUGGAUCACAGAUUGGUUUCCUUAGUCGUGAUGACAACUAUGACUUCUCAUUUCAAGCAACAAGAUUUUUCACUCCUUAUGUCACUUUAAAGAUGGGUGAUCAAAUUGUAACAGAAUGCACGUACAAUACAAUGGAUAGAAAAAAUGUUACUUUUAGUGGAAUGGGAACAAUGGAUGAAAUGUGCACUGGGUUUUUCUACUACUAUCCCAAAAACAGUGUCUCAUCAUGCAACAGUUUCUAUGACUCAGACUACAUUGCACGUGCUGUUGGCUACAAUGGAACUGGAUUGCAGUCAGUGUACCCUUGGGCAAAUUCUGUAGAAUGGGAUGAAUGGAAAGGCAACAAAGUUGAAAAUGCAACCAAGGAAGGGAUCCACUCUAUCUUCAUCAUAGCUGAAAAUGGAGUAGCUUUGGAUUUUGGCAAAGUUGUGCAAAUUGAUGAUCGUAUAAUCAGUACCUGUAAAAGCACCUCUUCAGAUGGAGCAACUACUGAACAGAGCAGGACUGUUUCAUCUCCUAACUAUGGAAUAUUUUGGGCACCAUUGUUCUCUCUCUUUAACCAUCUAGGAAUCUCGUUGGUUCUCUCACUUGUGGCAAUUCCUCAGAUAUUUUAA